GAAGGGAGAAGCAUUCGCUGCUCCCAAGCUGAGGAUCAGGAUGGGGCCCUGCUGAGGACGGAGGAUACAGGAGGAGCAAAGAGCGGCGAUCACACGGCCGGCUGGGCCUGCCUCGAGGCCCUCUUUCUUUCCACCCGUCAGUCACUGCUGUCGGCAGACUGUGCAGCUACGGUCAAGUGCCCGGAGCUGUAAGAGCUAAGGAUCCAGGCAGACCGCAUGAGGCUGCCAGCUUUCCUGAGUCUGCUGGUCCUGGCACUGCAGGAGGCUGAGGCGGCAUCCCUCCCCAUGGAGAGGAAGCAGAGGGGGGCAGAGACUGCUGCCCAAGGGGGCCUUCCUGCCAUGCUGCCCCUGGGCGACUACAACUACAGCGAAAUCCUUGACCUGGGCAACUACGAGGAGCUCACAGACUACGGAGACCACCAGCCCCCCGAGGGUAAGAUGAGCAGCCCGGCUCCUCCAACCCAGGUCAGCCCCGCCCAGAGCACUAAGGCACCAAGGAUAUUGUCAGCAAGCCCUACAACGCCCAGGCCUGACACCACGAGCUUCCCAACCAGCCCUGAGCCAGGCCUGCCCACCUGCCUGGUCUGCGUGUGCCUGGGUUCCUCUGUGUACUGUGAUGAUGCGGACCUGGAGAGCAUCCCUCGUCUGCCGCGGUCGACUGCCUACCUAUAUGCCCGCUUCAACCGCAUCAGCCAUGUGAGGGCCCAAGACUUCGAAGGACUGACCAAGCUGAAGCGGAUCGACCUAUCCGGCAAUGCCAUCUCCUCCAUUGAGCAUGAUGCCCUCAGUGGGCUGCCCGCUCUGCAAGACCUGCUGCUUCCAGACAACCAGCUGGCAGCUCUGCCCAUGCUGCCCGGGGGCAUCGAGGUGCUAGACGUCCGCCUGAAUCGGCUCCAGAGUUCAGGAAUACAGCUUGGGGCCUUCAAGGCUCUGGGGAAGCUGCAGUUCCUCUACCUGGCAGACAACCUGCUGGAUUCCAUCCCUGGGCCUCUGCCCCUGAGCCUGUGUGCGCUGCACCUGCAGAACAAUAUGAUCACGGCUGUGCAGGCGGACGCAUUCUGCGCUGCCGCUGGGGAGCAGGGACACGCACGCAGGCUGCUCGAGGACAUCCGCCUGGAUGGCAACCCCGUGAACCUCAGCCUCUUCCCCGAUGCCUACUUCUGCCUGCCACGACUGCCCACCGGCCGCUUCGCCUAGGGCCGAGCCCAGAACAGGAUGGAUAACUGUCACAGAUCUCUGCUGAGACACCGGGGGCUGGCUGCUGUACCAGCUGCCUAAGUCUUCUGCCAGCCUCAGCCCUGCUCAGCCUCCUGGUCCUGGCCUUCCCAAUGCACUUGUAUGUUUGACCACCAGAGGGCAGCCUUGUGCAAAGAGAUGAAUAAACACAGCUAUGACUCGC